AUGGAUGGCGUCAACUCAUACUCGUGUGAGUGCAGCGACGGAUUCCGCGGGCCACACUGCGAACUGCCACCCUCCUCAAAUUUCCUCUAUCAAAGGACGCAGCACUGUUCGGCUUCUUGCCUUCACGGCUCCUGCGUCUUCGGCGAGGACGACGAUCAACAGGAAGCCGUUUGCCAAUGUCACGCUGGAUACACGGGGGACAAGUGCGAGCUUCUCUCAUCUGCCGGUUUUGCUUCCCAAAACUCUUACGUAGCGUUGGAACCGCUUUAUGAAUCCAGUGCCAACAUCACUUUCCUAUUGACAAGUCAGAGCAGAAACGGUCUCGUUGCCUAUUACGGAAAUAAGAUGGCACAUCUUUCGUUGGAGCUGUUCGCGGGCCGACUGAAGGUUUCUUGGGACAUUGGCAACCCGCCAGCAUCUGUUUUGUACAGCUAUUCCGUUGUGAACGACAAUCUGCCCCACCACAUCAACCUUCAGAUGAAAGGCCAGGGUCUGUCGGUUAAGGUUGACGACACAGCAGUCCAAUCGGUCGAAAAUUCGGGAAGUGCCACGGAAUUUGCGCUGAAGUCGAAGGAAUUUUUCUAUUUUGGACGCCCGAAAUCAGCUGUGGCCGAGGUGGCCCUGGCUGAAUAUCAGAUCCGGCAGAAUGAGAGCUUCAAGGGUUGCAUCUCGGAAUUGGUCAUCGAUGGGAAAAUGGUUGAUUUCUCGAAUGUCGUCGAGCGACUGGAUAUUGAAAAAGGUUGCAACGAAGUUGUGGAUUACUGUGCGGGAAUGGUGUGCGGCACCGGGCAAUGUCAUGUCGACGUGAAGACACCGCGCGGCUACAGAUGCCAGUGCCCUCCGGACUUCAUGGGGCCCAAUUGCGCACAGAAAAAAAUUCAGUGCAACAAGGAGAAGUUUAAGGAAUACUAUGAGGAGGGUGAUUGCAGGUCGAUUGAAGAGAUCAAAUCGGCACGUUGUGAUGGCUAUUGUGGCGAAAACGGAAAUUGCUGCACGGCGGUCAAGCAAAAAAGGCGAAAAAUCAAAUUACACUGCAAGAACGGUACCAGCAAAAUGGCGGUUGUGCCGAUCGUGCGAAAAUGUCUUUGCAACGAGUCGUGCUCGGCCAGGAAACGAAUA